AUGGGUGUAGGAGGUGCCACAGUAGAGAGGUUUCCCAUAUCUUGCAUUGAACAUGCGGGCGCGAGUACGUUGCAAGUAGAGAAGGACGAUGACAGGGCCGAGCCAAUAGCGUCAACUGCAGGGACGGGAAGCGAAGUGCGAGCAUGCAUCAAGAGGAGCAGCUACCAGAGCUGGAAGAUGCAGCAGGGUAUUCCCUACAAGAAGCGCAAGUUGUUUGAGCGCAAGUCUGUCAAGUUCAGUAAUUCUUCUCACCUCCGCAUCGUCCCCUCCUUUAAAUGCUCAGAAGCAGAAGAUUUGCCACCCCUUGACCUUGCAGGAAGCCACUGCACGCUGCAAGUCGAUGAGGAUAAGCAGCCCCAGGGAGAUGCGACCAAGUGGGAUGGGACUGGUUACUUCCUGGAGGAGGACGCGGUUCUUACUAAGGAUGCCGAUGGUCCCAACGUGGUCGGGCUGAUCACCAACUCGCUGAUCAUGGGUCUUGUGGACAAGUCUGUCAGGGAUGUUGACUCGGUCAUCUGCAAGAUCCAAAACGUCAUGAGACAGCAGCGUGCAGAGAGGGGAAAGGAUGCGGAGGAAAAGUGUGAUGGUCUGAGUGAUGAGUCCUUGCACGGAUCUCCUUCCAGGCGUCCCAUCCAGUCGAACAUCCUCAAGAUGGUUGUGAACAGGCUCGAGGGCCUUAUCCAUCACCUCAACGUGCAUGAACGGGUCGGGCUCCUUCCGAGCACAGCUCGGCUGAGCAAGCCAUUCGUGCCAGCGUUGAAGUGUUUACAGGGAUCCAUCCGCUCAGCCGUCAAGCAGGAGAGAGAAGACAUCGUCAGAGAUGAAUGCUUGGAGGACUGGUUGUAACAAUCAUCAACUGUUCGACAGGAAAUUGUACAGAUUGUUUUGAACUUAAGAUAAAUCAAUCAAAGCCCGUCAAUUCUUCC